AUGGCGCAGCAUUCUGGCCGCGACGAUGUCACUGACAAGGUGGUAUUAGACCCAGACGUGUACUGCUCACUCGUUAAGUGCGCUUUCAAUGGAGCGUUCCAGCGGAAAACUGAGAUGAAUGAGCACUCUUUGCUUUUCAAGCAGCUGGUCAACACCCUCGUCGACGCCCCCUCGGAGCCUUCUCAACACAAUCCGCCGCAGCCGAAAACCGGAGUCCUAAGUGGGAACCUGAAGGAGUCCAUAGACGCAAUCAAAGCCGACUUCCUGGAUCACUACUCGCUACUGUACAACCUCCAGGAGUAUAGCAUCAAGGAACGCCUUGAAAUUUUAGGCAGACAUGCCCCGGUGGAGAACACAGUGGCACAUGAGACGACGCGAGCCACCCAUACCCCGAUAGGCGAAACCACGUACGCGCAGCGUGCCGAUGCUCCGGAGGAAGCCCUAAAGGAGGAGACCUCGGUAUCCCAAGGCGUGCUUUCCAUGAUAGAUGCGCUGAAGCACAAGUUUGAAACCCUCAAUAAUCGCAUAGAAGCAUUGGACAACGAGAUAGAAGCCGAGGUGGGCGACCCCAACCUCAGGGAGUGGGAGUACUCUAAGGAGUCCAUGCACCUCCGCGGCCACCACGACCUCGAAGGCGACGCGGAGCUCUGCAACCAUAUAAGGAACCUGUACGCCUAUCUCAGCCACCAGGCUAAGAUAAACGACCAGAAGAUCGAAGCCAUGAGAAACCGGCUCAUCACCCUCCAAGCACAUGCCAAGAUACUUAGCAAGAGGCAGCCGAACGACACCAGGGUAGCAUUCUAA